CUGGCCACGAGGGACGGGAAGAGUGUGGGUAUCUGAUGACCUUUCGAACAACCGAAUCAACCAUCCGCAAGCUCGCCCUGCGUCAGCACCCCCAUGUGCUGAGGCAGUCCGGCUCAGUCUGUCUGUUCCCAUCACUUUGGAGAUAAAUGGUAGCGAUUGCAUACACAGCAGCACCAGAGCCCAAACACCAGCAGGGGAAAAGGGCUCAGGUCCUAGAAGAACCUGUAUCAUGGAUGCCCUUUCUGAAGCAAAUGGCACCUUUGCCUUUCACCUUUUAAAGAUGCUGUGUCAGGACAGCCCUUCAUGCAACGUGUUUUAUUCUCCUGUGAGCAUCUCUUCUGCCCUGGCCAUGGUCUUCCUGGGGGCAAAAGGAAACACUGCUGCCCAGAUGGCCCAGGUGCUUUCUUUAAACACAGAGAAAGAUAUUCAUCAGAGUUUCCAGUUACUUCUUACUGAAGUGAACAAACCUGGCACCCAGUACUUGCUCAGAACAGCCAACAGGCUCUUUGGAGAAAAGACGUGUGAAUUCCUCUCAACCUUUAAGGAAUCCUGUCUUCAGUUCUACCAUGCUGAACUCGAGCAGCUUUCCUUUGCCAAAGCUGCAGAGCAGUCCAGGAAACACAUCAACACUUGGGUCUCAAAAAAGACUGAAGGUAAAAUUCAAGACCUGUUGCCGGAUAGCUCGAUUGAUGCACAGACCAGGCUGGUUCUUGUCAAUGCCAUCUACUUCAAAGGAAGGUGGAAUGAACAGUUCAACAAAAUGUACACAAGUGAAAUGCCUUUUAAAAUAAACCAGAAGGAGCAGAGGCCAGUGCAGAUGAUGUUUCAGGAAGCUACAUUUAAGCUUGCCUAUAUUGAAGAGGUGCAGGCCCAGGUCCUGGAGGUGCCCUAUGUGGGUGAGGAGCUGAGCAUGCUCAUUCUGCUCCCGGAUGACAACGUGGAUCUAAGUUCGGUGGAAAAACAUCUCACUUAUGAGAAAUUUAGAGCCUGGACCAAGCCAGACUGUAUGAAGAGUACCGAAGUGGAAGUUUUCCUUCCGAGAUUUAAACUGGAAGAGGAUUAUGACAUGGAAUCUGUGCUUCCGUUUGGAAUGGUUGAUGCCUUCCAGGGGGACAAGGCUGACUUUUCAGCAAUGUCAGCUGAGAGAGAUCUGUGUCUGUCCAAGUUUGUGCACAAGAGUGUCGUGGAGGUGAAUGAGGAAGGCACAGAGGCCGCGGCUGCCUCAGCCGUAGUGGUCGUGGAGUGUUGCAUGGUAUCUGGACCAAGGUUCUGUGCUGACCAUCCCUUCCUUUUCUUCAUUAGGCACAAUGCAGCCAACAGCAUUCUGUUCUGCGGCAGGUUUUCUGCUCCCUAAGGGUGAGCGUUUCCUGUGUCCUCCUGUCUUACACCACAGCCCUGUGAACAUGGGUCUUUAAAGCCAAGUGCCUAGGUGAUGAGGGCAGAUUCCUCAUCCAUCUGAAUCUCAUGCUUGUCCACACUCAGCUCUCUCCAUACUGACCACUCAUUUGCCCUACUUAGUCGAGAUCAUGGGACAAUAGAACUUAAUGAUUCCCUGUUGUAUUUAAAAUGUAGUCCAAAUCCCAUAGGAUGGCAUACAAAAUUUUCCUAGAUGGCUCCAGACUUCUUCCCCACUCAUUCCACAUGUAACUCAUUUUAGUUACACCAUGUUCUGCCUUGUACCUCAAAACUUGUUGCAUACUUGUCUUAGCCUAUUUCAGUAGUAGUACAUGCUUCUAGCUAAGACAACUGUUUUAUAGUUUUCCUGGUACAUGUGCUUCUUAGAGUUUCUUUAAUGCACAUUUUUAUUUUAUCUUUGACAUUCAUGCAUCACCAAGUAUGUGGAAAACAGGGCAUCAGGCAUUGGAGACAAAGGGGCAGAGUCAUGGUCUUUUGACAUCUGGUCUUUAAUACUCAUGCUGGAAUGAUGUAGCUUUUAUGACAGCCAGAUUGGACUAGGUAACAUCCUUAAAUGUAUCAUGUGACCCCCUUGUAGGGAUCAGACAUUCUUCCUGUUAAUUAUAUUUCUCCACCUCCAACUCUAACAGUAAAAAUUUCAUUCAACUCUUAAA